AUGGAGAGUAAAGAAGAAAACGAAAUGAGAGUGGCUGCUUUAUGUAAAAGUCUUGGGCACCUAUGGUCUGAGGACGACGUAGUUGAAGUGUCUGAUGAAAUUCCCCAACAGAAACUGGAGGAAUGUAAGCGUACUCUUUUUGGAAAAUUGUUCUCCAAACCAAAUGUGAAUUAUCCGGCCUUCAUAACUACAAUGAAGAAGGCAUGGAAAUCAGAAGGGGUAAACUGCUCACAGAAGGAACCGGGGCACUUCACAUUUGUAUUUCCAACGGAGGAGGAAAAACAGCGAAUAAUGAAGAACUCACCUUGGUCAUACUCAACAAAUUUGCUUGUUCUGCAGCAGUGUCUCCCAGAAAUCCCUGAGCAUUGCUAUGAUUUUACUAAGGCAGCUUUCUGGGUUCGCAUUGAAGGGGUUCCCCCUGGUUGGAGAUUAGAGACAGUGUUCAACGACCUGGGGAAAAGGAUAGGAAAAGUAAUAGAAGUCCAACCGGACACAACAACAAUUGCGUAA